AAUAUUCCAGUUGAUCGAAAAGCACAAAGUAGUUAAGUAGUUAAGUUUAAUUAAGCCGAAAUAUAGAAAAAGAAAAAAAAUGCUUUGUAAAUUUAUUGUCCUCGUUACGCUGACAUUGAGCAUUUGUUCGGCAAUAUACGGUCAAAGCGUAGCCUUAACCGGGACAGCGACAAACAAACUUAUUACGAUAAAUAAUAUUACACAGAAUACGGGAAAUGUAACGAUAGAAGAAGCCUUAGAAUAUUCAAAGGUUACCAUUGAAAUAAUUGAGGACUUUAUAAACGAUGAUCUGGUCGCCGAAGCCAAGUCAGAAGGUUACGAAAUUUUGCAAAACGUUCGUGACGGUUUGAGUUUUUGCGAAAGUGAAUUGAAAACAGUUGAAGACAUCUGGUCAUAUAAGAUAUGCACCAAUGCUUUACUCCGGAGCGGUUUGGCCGCUUUAGCAGAACUGCAAAACCUAUAUAAUUCUAAGCCAUCUACGACAUCGGGAGCCGGAAAAAUGAAACUGUUUUGGUAACAUUGUCUCUAUAUUCCUUCUAUGAAUUAGAUUAAGUGUAAAAGUUCUUUUUUUUUUUUUAAUUUUUUUGCCUGUGAAAGCUUAUGUUUAUGUUAAAUAAACUUUAGUGAAAAGAU